CUCCUCUCUGUCUCCCCCUCCCGGACAGCGUCCGCCCGCCGCCGGCCCUCUCCGCCGCCUGUUUGUGAAUGAGACGCUCGGUUUCUCAAUGGAGCCGCGGGGGGCUCGGGCGGACGCGGCGCGGCCGCAGCGCUGGCCCUGAGCCCGGAGGGGGGCGCCUCUUCCUCGCUCCUUCUCCCCUUCCCUCCCUCCCGCCGCCGCGGCUUUUGAGGAACGGGGUUGGGAGGCCGCCGCCGCGCAGGUCGCCGGGGCCCGCGUCGCCGAGGACUCCUCGUUACGCUCCGGAGGAGCGGGAGCGCGGCCGAGGAAGGCUAGACGCCGAGGAGGCCGGCGGCCUUCGGGAAAUUUCCGCCGCGAGCCCCCGCUCCGGGCGCAGAAAGUUCUUGAGUUCCUUAUUUCCUUUUGAAAUCCCGCUCGGCUGUUAGCUCCUCGCCGGCACCUCGGUUUUGUUUGUUUUGUUUUGUUUUUUUCCGGGAGAGGAGGGGGAGUGCGGGGAAAGGAGCGAAGAAAAUAAAAAAGGAUUUCCGCCCUGAAAAGAGCGACAGUUGUGAGAGCUUUUCCCUGAGGAGACAGAAGCGGCGUUCGCGGCCGCCCGGCCCCGCCGGCCCCAGCAUGAGCGAGCCAGCCUCGGGCUGCUGAGGCGCGGAGACGCGGAAGCGGCGGCCGGCUGCUCCCGGCUCCCCGCGCUCCCGGGCGCGUUCGGUCGGCCGGGCGGCGGCGGCGGCGGCGGGAUGGAGCCCACGACCGCGCCCCAGCCCGACAUGGCGCCGGAGCUGACCCCGGAGGAGGAGCAGGCAACCAAGCAGUUUCUUGAAGAGAUUAACAAGUGGACAGUUCAGUACAAUGUUUCCCCCCUCUCUUGGAAUGUGGCUGUCAAGUUCCUCAUGGCCCGGAAGUUUGAUGUGCUACGUGCCAUAGAGUUGUUCCACUCCUACAGAGAAACACGAAGGAAGGAAGGCAUUGUGAAGCUGAAACCUCAUGAGGAACCUCUCCGUUCUGAGAUCCUUAGUGGGAAAUUCACCAUCUUAAAUGUUCGGGACCCAACAGGAGCCUCCAUUGCCCUCUUCACUGCCAGAUUGCAUCACCCCCACAAGUCAGUCCAACAUGUGGUACUUCAGGCUCUGUUUUACUUGCUAGACAGAGCUGUGGAUAGCUUUGAAACUCAGAGGAACGGACUGGUGUUUAUCUAUGACAUGUGUGGUUCUAAUUAUACCAACUUUGAGCUGGAUCUUGGCAAGAAAGUUCUCAACCUGCUGAAGGGAGCGUUUCCUGCUCGUUUGAAAAAAGUACUGAUUGUGGGAGCGCCAAUAUGGUUCCGAGUGCCCUAUUCCAUCAUCAGCCUCCUCCUGAAGGACAAAGUCCGGGAAAGGAUUCAGAUAUUAAAGACAUCUGAGGUCACCCAGCACCUGCCCAGGGAGUGCCUUCCAGAAAACCUGGGUGGGUACGUCAAAAUUGACCUCGCGUCUUGGAAUUUCCAGUUUCUGCCCCAGAUGAACGGCCACCCAGACCCCUUCGAUGAGAUCAUCCUGUUCUCCCUCCCUCCUGCCUUAGACUGGGACUCAGUACAUGUUCCAGGCCCCCAUGCCAUGACCAUCCAAGAGCUGAUGGACUAUGUUAGCACCAGGCAAAAGCGAGGGAUAUAUGAGGAGUAUGAAGACAUUCGCCGCGAGAACCCUGUUGGGACUUUCCACUGUUCUAUGUCUCCAGGAAACCUAGAGAAGAACCGCUAUGGGGAUGUACCCUGCCUGGACCAAACUAGAGUGAAAUUGACCAAACGAAGUGGUCACACUCAGACAGAUUACAUCAAUGCCAGUUUCAUGGAUGGCUACAAGCAGAAGAAUGCUUACAUUGGUACGCAAGGCCCUUUGGAGAAUACCUAUCGUGAUUUCUGGCUCAUGGUAUGGGAGCAAAAAGUCCUAGUGAUCGUCAUGACCACCCGGUUUGAGGAGGGUGGCAGGAGAAAGUGUGGCCAGUACUGGCCAUUAGAAAGAGACUCUCGGAUCAAAUUUGGCUUCCUCACGGUGACCAAUCUAGGCGUGGAGAACAUGAACCAUUACAAAAAAACAACGCUAGAAAUUCACAACAUAGAGGAGCGGCAGAAACGCCAGGUGACCCACUUUCAGUUCCUGAGCUGGCCAGAUUAUGGUGUCCCUUCCUCGGCAGCUUCUCUCAUCGACUUCUUGAGAGUAGUCAGGAAGCAGCAGAGGCUGGCUGUCAGCAGCAUGGGAGCGCGCUCCAAAGGGCAGUGCCCUGAGCCACCCAUUGUCGUCCACUGCAGCGCAGGCAUAGGCAGGACAGGUACCUUCUGCUCACUGGACAUCUGCCUGGCACAGCUGGAGGAGCUUGGCACCCUUAACGUGUUCCAGACGGUGUCCCGCAUGAGGACCCAGAGGGCCUUCAGCAUCCAGACCCCUGAGCAGUACUAUUUUUGCUACAAGGCAAUCCUGGAGUUUGCAGAGAGGGAGGGCAUGGUGCCCUCCAGUCACAACCUCCUGGCCAUGGAGGGUCAGUAACUGUCCCACGAUCCUCCUACGUGCUGGCCAGCCUUCCUUAAACUACCCUGGACACCGCUGAGCCUAUAGGUUGCCAUCAGUUAUGCUGAAGCAAUGGACCAACCUCUUCCUCGUGUCUCCUGGCGCACUCGUGCACGCAAGGCAGCCUUUCCCUUUGGCUAGAUAGUUGUGGUGAAAUUGCCACUAGAAGGGUCCAGCAGCAAUGUGUUCUUAAUUCCCAGCACCUGCUAUCGAACUGUGCCUUAUUAAAACCAAAUUGUGGCUAUUGGUUUUUGCCAGGGGCCCCGAGGUAAGUGGGGAAGGAAACUCCCUCCCCCCUUUCCCAGUGCCGUUCCCCUUCUCAAGGUCUCUUUCCCAUUCCUUCCCUUUGCUAGGAUUUGAUGGGGAGGUUUGGUGAGCAUCCACCUUCCUUCCCAGAGAGCUUGACCAAGUUACAUACUCUAGAGAACGUCCCGAGUGCCAAGCACGUUUAUACAUAGGGCGUGUAUUCCAGUCUUUUCUGUCAUUCUGUGUGUAUGUGUGUGUGUAUGCGCGUGUGCGCACGCACUUAUGUGUAUGGGUCCAUAUGUAUGUGUGUAUAUAAUAUAUAUUGUAUGUGAUAAUAUGGUGGUAUUCUAUAAAUACAUAUACACAGAGAUACUCCUUUGUAGACUUUCCUGGGGCUCCGUGUUGCAGUUCAGGACUCUUUGCUUCUUGGACCCUACUGUUUAUCCUGGAUGAGCUGGGGCUGGGGAUCAUGUCUCUUGUCAGACGCCAGAGUGGUAAAGAGGACACAUACAUAUAUUCACCCCUCAUGCUCCUGCCACAGGCCCUCAUUCUUACAUAAUGACUUAUCUCUUUCCAGGAUAUUGGAGCUGAGAAUUCUGAUUUGUGGUGACACUGGUUUAACUCAGCAUGAAUUACCUUAUCUAAUGAUUUUACUGUUUACUUUGCCAAUUUGAGGACUAGACCUCCACUGUGACUCCAGACCCCUCUUCACUCUUUCUGUCCCUUGGAGCUUGGGGUCUGGGAGUAAAGAUGAGCAGUCAGAGCCAAGAGCAAUUGGUACGAAGUCUUAGAAGAAAGGAGAGGGAGCCCAGGUGUGAGAGAGAGAAAACUACUAUGAGAAUCCCUCCUUAGGAGAAUGAACUGGGGCCCCAGUUCCUUUUCUUAUGUAACUUGGCCCUGUCCACUUAAAUGCCCAUCUCCUCCUGCCUAGCAGCCUAACCUGGAGCUUAGGCUGGGUGGGCUCUGUGUCAAUAUAAUGCUUAACCCCUGGUUGGCUAGGGCAGUUGCCUGCAAUCACUGUUUGCCCCCUAUUCACCCAUCCUGUCCCUGUCUGCUCCCAGCCUGCCCAGCCUGAUGUGCCAGGGAUGGAAUCAAGAGUCCCCAGUGUUCCACAUUCCCAAGAAAAUCCCAGGAACCCCUAAACCUUCUAUCCCAGAUGAGGUUGGCAGCUGAUCAGACCUCAAUAAUUUUAUACUGUAAUAAUAAGCUCUUUGAAUGUAUAUAUUCUUAUUUUUACAAUCUUUUCAUUUUGUAUUUAACAUCAAUGGACUGAGUCAGAUUCAGAAAAUAAUUGUAAAUGUUCAUAUCAAUAUCUUAUAGCGAUACAGUUUUGUAUUUACAUAUAAAUAUACCAACAUGAUCAAACCCUUUUAGCUUCAUCAGUUUAGUAGCAUUCUGGGCCGGGAAGGUGAGAAGGGGGUCCAAGAGCUGAUCUGGGAGGGUUGGGGAGGCAGGGAGGGACCUAGGUAUCUGAGACUUUCAGUUCUAAGAGCCAUUUGCUUUAUCCAUAGACCACAGCCCUAGCUCUGGGCAGGCAAAGGAAACCACCAGUUGAGGGCUUGCUGGGUGCCAGUCUCUGUGCUUGGUGCUUUUCCCCCCAUUACCUCAUUCAAACCUGAAAAUAAUUGAGCAAGAUUCGUAUGUUCACUCCCUUCUAUUUCUAUAUAGAUGUGGAAGGUAAGGUUUGGAAGAUUAUAGUGAUUUGCUGUAGAACUGGAGUUCAGGUUGGUUUGCUGGUGGCCUCUUCACUGUGUUGCUCUCUUUCAAAGAUCAGGGUAGUGUUUUGUCCUUGGAAACCAGAGGGAAUUUUUUUUAGCUCUCCUUUCAGAGUAUGAGCUGUUCCUAAAUUCCAGGUGGUUGAUCCUGAGCCCAUGCUGCAUAUAGGGUGACAGAGUUGGUGACUGGUACUCCCAGGUAGGACCUCCUGAUGUAGGAUCCUGAGGUCUGCAGAGUACCAAAGGGAUCAUUCUUGUAGGAAACACCAUACAUAGGGGUACACUGGUCUUUGUGGGAAGAUCUUGAGUCAUUCAUUUGCAUCUCUCUCUCAGAAUGGAACCAGAAGCUUUGUCCAUGUAGCACCAUGCCCCAUGCCAUGUAGCUACUCCCUGUUGACCAGUGACAGCCUGCCCAGUUGGGGCAGUUCUGGCCUGGAGAGUGUGCAAAUAUUGGGGUGUUUUUAAAUAAAAGUGAUAGCUAAUGUCUACUGGGUCCUUAAUUCUGUUCCACAAACUGUUCAAAGUGCUUUCUAGAUACUACUCACCACCCUCAGAACAAUUUUUUGAGGUAGGUAUUGAUAAAACAAACAAACAAAACUGAGGUACAGGAAAAUUUUAAUUAACCAAUCAAGAACCCCAGUCAUCUGAUUUGAAACCACCUGUUGUUAACUCUUAUACUAGAUUACCUCUAAGGAUCCAUCUCCUGAUCUCCCAACAGAUUUUUCAAGCUUUUUACUUUAAUCAAGAGCCAAAGUGUAGAACAAAAGAUUAAGCCAACCCUUUCCCUGGAUGAGUAUGUUCUGUAGGGAGCAAGCAAGCAUAAGAGGUGAACAGCGAAAUCUGAGAAAUUAGAGGGGUUUGGGAAAAUGUGGAGGAAACGAGAUUAAUGAUAAGAGAUCUGGAGGAGUUGGCCUUGAACUGUUUUUUGUUUGAAGAGGCUGUAACCAAAGUGUUCUGCAAAUUCAGAAGUUAUACAUGAGUUGCACAUUUGAGGAUUGGUGAGGUUAUGACUUGUAAGAGCUCCAUAAAAGCGCAGAUUCCUGGGUCCUGCCUGGUAGGUGGUUGAGUGACAGGAUGAGCCAGGCCAGAAACACUGUCUUAGUUUGUGUUCCUGACUCUAAGGAAGGUUAACAAACGGAUGUUUCCUAAAUCUGAGAGCAAGGGAUCCAUAGCUUUCCCCUACUGCCAUAGUUUACUUGUAGCUUUUACCAUUGUGAAGAGUGACUUCUCAAAAUGUGAGCCUACCUGAGCUAGGUGUUUGAAGAGGGAAAGAAAGGGGAAGACCAAGAAAGAAAGAGCCUCGAUCUGUUAAGGAAGUCAAGACUCUCACACAGGAGGUUGGUGAACAAAGCAAGAGAAUCCACUAUCAAAUGGUGGACUAUAUAGCUGAGAACGUAAGAUAAAGAAAAAGUGUUUGGGCAGGGGGGCAGGGAAGAGCACUGUGGGCCAACUCAGGCUUUUUCCCAUUUGAGUGCUAUUUUUUUCAUCUAACUUAUUGUCUCUAGCAUUGGUCCCUUCAUCGUGCCUGUCCCUGUCAGCUAGGAUGGCACUCCUGCAGUAGUGUGCCCUGACACCCUCAGCUUAGGAGGCCUACCACUGUCAAUCUCCAUGUCACCACAUAUGCAGGUAAAUGACAGAUUGGGACCAAUUCUUGGGAGACUGGACUAUUUAGCUUUGUAGCUUGAGGGAGAUGAGACUCUUAAAAGCAGAUAUGCACACAGAAACUCACAGUUCAGAGACCUGGGGGGAAGUGGGACAGGAAGAAAGCCUUCCUAGAGUGACUGAGCUCUUUAGUAGUUUUGAGGUCUCACCACUCAACCCAAGCCAACUCCUAGCUUCCUUUUUGUAAAAGAAGCAGCUGCAUCAGAUGAUACUACCACAGGCCUUCCAACUCUUUAAGGGGCUAAUUCUUUGAUGGACAAUGUGAGUUCCUAUAGAGGAACCAUCAGGCCCUUCUUUGGUGGGGUCAGCUCUGACUCCCAAUCCCUAGUUUUAAGCUUGUUUUCAAAGUCUCUUCUUUCAAGCUGCUGCCCCUUCCCUGCAUUGUCUUAGGUCCCAUCCCACUUGGCCCACAACUUGGAAAGCAGAUAGUCCCCAGGCCAAGGCCUAGGCCUUGAAGGUUUCUGUGCUACUGCAUGUGGAGCUGACAGGGUGAGUCAGAGUCGAGGAAUGAACCAGCCAAGGUCCCAGAGUUCCCUGCUGAGGUUCUUACAUUUGCCUUAGUCCUUGGUCACUACCCACAGACCAUCGUUCUCUUAACAAGGGCAGGAACUAAAAGCUCCCACUAGGGUGGGAAACAGAUUUUCUCUUGGGGGAGGGCGGUAUCUGCCCUAUAGUUACCAUCAAAACAGUUGUGAAUAUCAAGUGUUGUGGAUUGUUACUCUUAACUGACCACAGAGGAGACUGGGUCUUCACUACAGAAGGAAGGACAGCACUCUCAGAAACCUGUUUAUUCUCCCUCCACCACUUACCAUCACUUUUAUAAAAAUCUAUUUAUAAGCUAAAUCUGGCAUGCUGCAGCCUUUUUUUUUUUUCAUUGAGUAUAGCAGACACAUGAUGAUGUUACAUUAGUUGCAGGUGUACAACAGUGAUUCAACUUCUCUUUAAGUUACACUGGCAUACUGCAGUCUUAAGCACCCACAUUUUUUCCAGCCAAGGCCAAGGUGGACAUACUAGCUACACCAGAAUCCUAGCUAGAAGUGUUGAAUGGAGGUUGGGAGCAAUGAUCCUUUUUCACCUGUUCAGGGUAAUAUGUCCCUCAUGGUUGUUAAGACUCAGAUGGAGAUGAAAAAAAG